AUGAGUCCGUUGUAUCAAUGUGCAGUACCAUCAAUAGCAAACUUUAAAUUGAACAGUGGAUAUAGUAAUAGUGUACCAUGUUUACUAUCAUAUGAGGUGUUGUUCCAGGACUAUGACCCAAAGAAUUUAAUAUCAGCAGUCAAUACAUCAUCAGUCCAGUUCAACUCACAGGUAUCACUAUUUCAGAAUAUGACCAACAGUCUCUACAGACUAAGAUACACCAUCUCAACCAAUGGCACCCAAACACCUCAGUUCUCCAUAUCCGACUCAAAGGGUACAAUUCUAACAACCUUGAAUUUUCCAGCAUUCACAUGUUACUUAAACAACGUCACUAUAGAAGCGAAGGUAUUGAGUUCAAGCUUCAAUGUGUCAACGAUGGGAGUUGAUGUAUAUCUUGAUAUCUAUCCACCAUUGAAUAAUAAUCAAUAUUCAGCUGAUGUCACACCUGGAAGUGUUAGAACAUUCACUCAGAUGCCCAACCAACAAUACUACCUCUAUUUUGAAUUACCAACAUCAUAUUUUCAAUUGAUCAACGUUUCACUAGCCAUCACCAAUCCAGGAGCCGGACUCUUUUUCAAUCUUCCAGUCUUCAAGAACCAAUCCAGUAAGCAAACAUUGGAGACUGAUCAGUCUCGGAAUCAUUCCAUCGUCACGCACUAA